GAUACCUGUCGCGUUCGCCUGACGCGCCCGCCGCCUUGCGACGGCUCCCUCAACCUUUCGCCUCCCCUCCCGUCCUUCCUUGGCCCGCCAUGUAUGGCACCUCCCACUCUUCCGUCCCCGCCCCGAUGAAUGGUAUCGGAGGGGAUCUGGUUGAUGGCUCGGGCACGAUCAAUCCUGCAGCCUUAAACAACGUCGCCGUUGCUAUUCCCCCUUCAUCAUACGGUCCCUCGAAUCCUAGCAUAGCCCCUCGUGGUGUGAAGCGAAGUCGUACCCCAGAUCAGCGAGGAAAUUCACGCGUAGAUGGGGACCAUGACGACGAUGAUCAUGGCCGUCGGAAACGAGGCCGCCCUCCCAAGACUCCACGGCCGGCAACGGCAUCGAGUAGUGAUCAGCCUGCUUCGUCCGGUACUCAUCUCCAAACCCCUCGCAUGCAAACCCAGCCUCUCUCGGCUCAGACCUCCGCCAAUGCGUCCCCGCCGCUGGCCUCACCGCCCGAUAAGAGCACGCCAACCAAGGCUGCAUUAGUCAAGGCCCUUCCCACCGUACGCGACCACACUACCGACCAGCUGAACGAGGCAGGCGACGAGUACGUCCCUAAAGAAUUCGACGAUGCUGGUGAGAAGAAGGUGGACGAUAUGGGCUACCUUCAAGGUGGUCGUGAGUACAAAUGCCGCACGUUCCGCGUGCCCCUUCGUGGGACAAAGCUGUUCAUGCUGGCUACUGAAUGUGCGCGAGUCUUGGGCUAUCGAGACUCGUAUCUCCUGUUCAACAAAAAUCGAUCUCUGCACAAAAUAAUCGCCACGCAAAUCGAAAAGGAUGAUCUGAUUCAACAGGAUAUCCUGCCGUACUCAUACCGGUCUCGUCAGAUCGCCAUCGUAACCGCCAAGUCAAUGUUUCGCCAAUUCGGCAGCCGAGUUAUAGUGAAUGGCCGGCGUGUGCGUGAUGACUACUGGGAGGGCAAGGCGCGGAAGCAGGGGUUCACAGAGGACGAUCUCGCAGGCGAAAAACGUCCCGGUGGUACCAAAGCACGCGAUGCGGCGGCAGCAGAAGCAGCCGGUGCCGCCAACUUCUUGCCCGCUCUGACCCAUGGCGAUGUCAUCUACAGCAACGCGCUAGAAGCCGUACCGAGUAACAUGACGAUCGGCGCACCACCUUCAGUCUCACUCUCACAACCGCUCCCGAUGAUUCACAUGGCGACCACCGCGGAUGACCCGCGUCUCAGAGAGUACAACAGCAUGCCUCGACCCCGUCAGGAAAUGACCGGCCAGCCGUACCAGGACCGCUCAACACCGAGCACUGCCGCUGAAAUCUUGAAUCAAGCCUCGCACACGGCUGACUUCAACAAGGUUCUGACUCAACAGCGUAGCUACCGGCAGAAAGGACUGGAAGAGUUUUAUUCCAAGCAGCGUGAGAUUUCCGCCUCGGCCGCGCCUUCGCAACCCGGGCCGCUCGAUUCGGCCCCGUCAGUCUCCCAGCCAUUGCAGUCACCCCAGCUGCCGUCGACCGGUGUGAUGAGUCAAGCUCAGCCGCCUCAGCCAAUGCUCCCCCACCAGGCUCCAAUGAUGUCUAGCCAGCCGGGCUUCCAGCCUGCAGCAGCCCACCAGCAACCGCCUGUGGCGCAGUCUCCUGUUCGGGGUGUCCCUGCAGCUCGCCCAGAUCUUAUGCACCAACGAUCCAACCCUGCUCUGGCUGCGGGAGCACCACAACCGCCCGGCCCUUACGGGUAUCCCUCCCAGCCGCAGCAGAUGUGGGGUCAGCCACCUCCCCAGCCUCAGCCGUCCCCUCUUUCGGCCGCUGGCCCGCAGGGUGUAGCAAUGCCGCAGUUUCCGUCCCAGAUGCACCCGCAACAGUCUCCUUCGCCGCUCGCGCACUCUCUUCCCCAGCAACAUGCCUCCCAGUCUCCCCGCAAUCAAGCUCGGCCUUCAGCACCUCAGAUGUCGCAACCGUUCCCAAUGCACCCGCAGACACCCCAGCAGCAGCCCAUGGGAGCUAUGCCUUUCCCUGGCGUCACCGCUGUGCAGUAUCCGGGCAUACCUGCCGCACGCGCCAUAUACCCUUCUACUCAAGGACCUGCCGGUCAGCAGUAUAUGGCCGGAGCUCCGCAGCCACCGAUGGCUAUGGGGAUGAACCCUGGUGGAGCAAUGCCUGGUUGGCCUCCAGCGCCCGGUGGCCCGAUGCAACCCGGACAUCCGCAGCCGGGUCAAUCCGGCACUCCUCUAGGAUGGUCUGGUUAUUGAAGCAGAUAGAGGUUUAAGCCGGCGUUAGUCCGUGGUUGGGCGUUUGCGGGAGCUUUUCUGCAGAAAGCUGUUAAUCCUGAGAAAGAGACGCAUGGUUUGGUUUCUUAUGAGUCUUGAGUCCUGCUUGAUCUGAUCUGACCUGACCUUCUCCUCCGUCCUAUGAUGUUCUGUCUGACAU